AAAUUAUUUGAAACAUAAAAUAUGUUUACACUGAGGCAUAUUAUAUGCCAUCAAAAUGGUUCUAAACAUAUUGUUGAAAAUACAAUUAAUCAUUUUAUUAAACAGAAUAGUGCAUUGUUAAAUGUGUUCAUUAAUAAUUGUAUGGAUAAUAGAUUGAUCCAUACGAAAUCGCAGCCUGUAGCAACCAGUAUUAUAGCAGUAAACACAAAUAAUCAACAAUUUGAAAAUAAAAAAUGUAAUUUUUCCGUCAUGCCAAAUCCUGCAAUUCAACCACAAAUCAAUAAAGAAACAACCGAAGAUAUAAGGGAUGAAGAUGAAAUUAAUUACGAUGAAUUACAAUAUUUAAAUCAUAUCCAAAAUAUUUUACGUAAUGGUAUUAAACGUGAUGAUCGCACAGGAGUUGGUACUUAUUCAAUAUUUGGUGCACAAAUGAGAUACUCAUUACGAAAUGGUACAAUACCUGUAUUCACAACAAAACGUGUAUUUUGGCGUGGUGUUCUUGAAGAAUUAUUAUGGUUCAUAAGAGGUAGUACAAAUGCACAUGAAUUACGUGAUAAGAAUAUUCAUAUUUGGGAUGCGAACAGUAGCAGAGAAUUUUUAGAUAAAUUAGGAUUUACAGAUCGUGAAGAAGGUGAUUUGGGACCAGUAUAUGGUUUUCAAUGGCGCCAUUUCGGUGCCGAAUACAAGAACAUGCAUAGUGAUUACACCAACGAAGGUGUUGAUCAAUUAAAAGAAGUAAUUCAUACAAUCAAAACAAAUCCAAAUGAUCGUCGUAUUAUAAUGAGUGCCUGGAAUCCAGUAGAUAUACCUCGAAUGGCGUUACCACCAUGCCAUUGUUUAGCACAAUUUUUUGUUGCAAAUGGUGAAUUAAGUUGUCAAUUGUAUCAACGUUCGGCUGAUAUGGGCUUAGGUGUACCAUUCAAUGUUGCUAGUUAUGCGCUACUAACACAUAUGAUAGCCCAUGUGACUAAUUUAAAAGCGGGCGAUUUUGUUCAUACAUUAGGUGAUAGUCACGUGUACUUAAAUCAUGUAGAUGCAUUGAAUGAGCAAUUGUUAAGAAAACCAAGACCAUUCCCUAAAUUGAUAAUUAAACGUAAUGUUAGUGAUAUUGAUGAUUUUAAGGCUGAAGAUUUUGAAUUAAUUGGCUAUAAACCUCAUGCGAAAAUUGCUAUGGAAAUGGCUGUAUAAAAUAUGUACUUUGUAUUUAAUCUAUUUUAUUUUUAUAAGUCCGAUAGUUAAGUAUCACAAAUUAUUAUUGUUUGCAUGAGACAAACAUACUUAAUUUAGUCUCACAUUAAGCUACUUAUUAUCACGAUUAUGCAACUAUUGUCGGUUUUUGAUUUCAGUGUAACCGCAGCUUUACAAUAUAAUUAUAAUAAUAAAGUAACC